AAAUGGUUGCUGGUAUACGUGACUUGUGAUUGGGACGGUCUUUAAUGCAAUUUAAUGGUGUGUUGUUAUUUUUUUACCCACCUUUUAUUUUCACAUUCAAGAAAACAUGGCAACUCGAAAAGCAGCCAUCACCUUGUACUCUUCGAGCACAUGCUCUUUAUGCACAACAGCGAGAGAAGCUAUUAUGCGAGUUCAGAAAAAGACGCCUUUUAGUUUGACAGUAUUGGAUAUUCACAAGGGAGAAUGUCCUAAAGAAUUUCGUGAUAAAUAUAUCUUUGAUGUUCCCGUCUUACACUUGAAUGAUAAAUUCUUGAUGCAACAUCGAGUUCCUGAAGAAACUUUAUUAGAAGCCAUCAAAUUAUUCGAAACCACAGGCAAAAUCAACCCAAAAUAUUAAGGAGUAAAAAAAAUAAAAUUACCC